UCAUUCAAUUCCAUAGGAAAAAGCAUUGAGUUAAGGCUGCGGUUUGUCCCCACCUGUCCACUAAUCUUGGAAAUGAAUUGGCAAGCAUUUACUGCUUUAUUGAGGAAAAUUUGUGUGGGUGGGUCCUGUAACAAAGUGUCUCGGUGUGUGGUUUGAGAUUCACUGGCUGGGGAGGUGGAGCCGGGGCCAUCUACGUCAGCUCCACGUCAGGAUGACCUGGAUUCCCAGCAGGGGAUAUCCCUCUGGAGCAGCUAUGAUAUGAGAUCCUUAGGCACACCUUUGAUCAGGUGAGAGCUGUUGGGAAAUGUUAUUCCAGGUGGCUCAUUAUAAUUUGAUGGCAGGACACUUGGGAAAGUGAAAAACACUGAACCGUAUAAUGGCUAUUUCUAUUGGCCGGGCAUUCGCGGGGAAGUGUUGAGCUGGUGAAUCCAACGGCUACCUCAAAGCACCGUUUUGCACUCUGCCACUAAUCGAAGUCCCUUUGGAAAGAAUUGGCAUGGACCUCGUCAGGCCAUUAGAAUGGACAGCAUGCAGUCAUCACUUUGUAUUAGUUCUGGUGGACUAUGCAACAAGAUAUCUGGAAGCAGUGCCUCUGCGUAACAUCUCAGCAAGUAUUGUUGCGGAGGCACUCUACUUAAAAUUCUCCUGAGUGGGGAUUCCAAAAGAAAUCCUCACUAAUCAAGGCACUAAAUUUGUCACCUACACUAUGCUAACUGUACAAAUUAUUGGGUAUUAAAUCAAUUUGCACCAGUGUUGGUUGGUGGCACGAUUUAAUAAAACCCUGAAAAAUAUGAUUCGUAAGUUCAUGCUCAAAGGCUCGAACCCCUGUUAUUUGCAGUUUGAAAGGUUCCCCAAGCCUCCACAGGGUUUUCCCCAUUCGAGCUGCUGUAUGGGCAUCGACCGUGCAGCGUGCUCAACGUCAUGGGGGAAGCUUGGGAGGAGGGACCUUCAAACAGUUAAAACAAAAUAAAAAAUUUUCUUGAUCAAAACUCCACACUUUGUGUCAACUAAAACAGGAGAAUUAGCUCCAAGCUCAAGAACGUCAAAGCCGAUUAUAUGACAGGGGAGCUUAGUUACGGGAAUUUGCACUGGGAGACAAAGUGCUUAAAUUACUCCCAACAUUGAGCUCCAAAUUGCUUGCCAAGUGGCAAGGACCCUUUGAGGUCACACGAGUGGGAUAUCUCGAUUAGGCGGUAAAACUAAGAGAUAGGGGGUGAUACACGUCAAAUAUACAAUAUCUUCCUCCUAAAAUUGUUCCAGAGAGGGCAGAGCUCGGUCUUGAGGUGAACUUAAAAGCCAAUCAUAUCAACCCGGUCACUUGUGGGGACCACCUCUUACCGUCACAGAGAUUGCCAAGUUGCAAAAAUUAUUUGCAGAUGUGUUCUCACCUCUACCUGGUCGUACAAACCUCAAACAGCACCACAUCAAGACUAUGCACAGGGUAGUAGUACGUAGUCAUCUCUACCGUCUUCCCGAGCACAAGAAAAAAGUAGUUUGGGAAGAAUAAGAUGCAAUUCUCUAUAUGGGAGUUAUAGAAGAAUCCCACAGUGAUUGUUCCAGCCUGGUUAUUUUAGUCCCUAAGUGUGACGGGUCAUUGUGGUUCUGUGUGAAUUAUAGGAAAGUCAAUGUGGUGUCUAAAUUUGACGGAUACCCAAAGCCACGUAUUGAUGAUUUGCUCGAUCGGUUGGGCACAGCUCAAUUUUACUCAACACUGGAUUUGACACUGGUUAUUGGCAGAUCCCCUGAAUGUCGAUGUCUCGUGAAAAAAUGGCGCUCCACACCGUUUGGUUUACACCAAUUCGUGACCCUUCCAUUCCUUUUUUUUGGGUCCCAACUACAUUUCAGCACCUUAUGGACCGAGUCCUCAGACCACAUUCUGCUUACGCCACUGUCAAUUUGGAUGACAUCAUUAUAUACAUUGGCGAUUGACAGCAGCACAUGCAGCAUCUGAGGGCUGUUCUGAGGUCUUUGCAAUGAGUGGGACUCACAGCAAACACUAAAAAGAGCACAAUUGGACGGGUGGAGGUAUGGUAUCUGGGAUUCCACUUGAGUCAUAGGCAGGUGCAUCCCCAUAUUGAUAAGAUCACAGUGAUUGAGACAUUCCCAAGAACCAAGACCAAAAAAGAGGUGAGACAUUUCCUGGGGCUAGCUGGCUACUAUAGAAGGUUUGUGCCUAAUUAUUCGGAUGUCACCAGCCCGCUGAAAGAUCUCACUAGAAAGGGAGCUCCAGAUCCAGUCCAGAGGACGGAGCAGUGUCAACAGGCAUUUACAUAGGUAAAAGCUGCACUUUGUAGCAGACCAUUUUUACAGGCAUCUAAUUUCUCUCUCCCAUUUGUUUUACAGAUGGACACUUCGGACAGGGGGCUGGGGUGGUGCUCUCGCAGGAAGUGGAGGAUGAGGACCGACCAAUGCUGUACAUUAGUCGCAAGCUAUCGCUGAGAGAGGUUAAGUACAGAACUAUUGAGAAGGAAUGUCUGGCGAUCAAAUGGGCUGUUCUUACCCUCCGAUACUACCUGUUGAGAUGGGCCUUCACCCUCUGUUUUGACCACGCACCACUCCAGUGGCUCCACCGCAUGAAGGAUGCUAACGCGAGGAUCACCCAUUGGUAUCUGGCUUUACAACCUUUUAAGUUCGGGGUGGUCCACAGACCGGGGGCACAGAUAACUGUUCUGGGGCUGGAUGGCUCCCUGGCCUGGCUGUGGGGAGAACUAACAAAUCCAGAGGCUGUGUUCUCAGAGAGUCACUUCACUACUGGCAAUGGCAAACGCAUGGUGGCAUACCUAAGACAUGAUGGCACUAUGCAGGUCACACCUGAGCCCGAGGAGGGGAUGGAGCCAAUUGUUAAGGCUAUUUGGGAAGGAGAUGUUGGAACAGUGAGACUACUGGUUAAGAAACCCGAGUGCAGCCUCCUUACACCAAAUAAAUAUGGAUGGAUUCCUUUGCAUGAGUCGGCAUAUUAUGGACAAGAUCAAUGUAUCAAAAUUCUCCUAAAAGCUCAACCUGGGAUGAUUAAUCAGCGCACUUUAAAGGAACAGACUGCUUUAAUGUUAGCUGUGACCAGGGACCAUCUUGCAUGUGUGGAGUCUCUUCUUGAGAAAGGGGCUGACCUUGAUAUUACCAAUAAUGACAACGAGACUCCACUUUACAGAGCUUGUGAGAAGGAGAACCCUGCAAUGGUUGCCAUGCUACUGAACUAUGGUGCCUCGGUGAAUAAGAGCUGUAUUCAAGGCUGGACUGCUCUGCAUGAGGCUGUGUGCAGGGACAAUGUGGAAAUCUGUGAGAUGCUGGUUAAAGCUGGAGCCAAAGUCAGCAUAUCCAAUAUGUACGGAAUCACACCUAUCUUUGUAGCAGCCCAAAGUGGAAAAGUGGAUGCACUUCGCUUCCUUUUAAAAAAUGGUGCAGAUCUCAACAGUCAGGCUGCAGAUGGAGCCACAGCACUGUAUGAGGCCUGUAAGAAUGGUCAUGAGGACAUUGUAGAAUUCCUUCUAUCUAAAAAUGCAGACACCAACCAGCCUGGAAAAACAGGACUGAUGCCAAUCCAUAUUGCAGCUCAGCGUGGCAGUGAUGGCAGAGACCUCCUCACUUACAGGUGUACCAACAAAAGUGCAAUGAAGUUAGUUUCCAUGCUGAUCCCAGCCACGAGCAAAGCCAGAGUGCGGCGUUCCGGGAUCAGCCCCCUGCAUUUAGCAGCAGAGCGCAACCGAGAUGACGUUCUUGAGUUGCUGAUUGAGGCCGGCUUUGAUGUCAAUGCCCUGUUGUCUGAGUAUCGCUCUAAAAUGUAUGAAGAUCGACGCUGCACAGCACUCUAUUUCGCUGUCAUAAACAACAACAUCGAGGCAACCACCAUGCUACUGGAGGCUGGCGCUAAUCCAAACCUGGACACGUUCAACCCACUCCUGGUAGCCCUGAGGCAGGGUUGCAUGAAAGCAGUGACUUUGUUGGUGGAACAUGGUGCUGAUGUCAAUGCCAGCAUACCAACUCAUCCAACCACCUUUCCAGCCUCUCUUAUGUUCUGCAUGAAGUACCUGACCUUAUUGAAGUAUCUGAUGGAUAAUGGCUGUGAUGCCUUGUCAUGCUUCAGUUGUGUUUAUGGCAGCAAUCCUCAUCCACCUAUAAAGGCGACAGGUAAUCAGAGGCAUAACAGAUAUGAAAGUACAGAGAAGACCUGCGUUCAGUUCUGUGAGAUGAUCUCCACAGACAAUUACUCACUUUGGGCAGGACCGAUUAUAGAUGUGCUACUUGACUAUGUUGGUGAUGUGAAACUCUGUGCAAGACUCACUGAAUAUCUGGACAGUUACCCUGACUGGAAUUGCAUCAAAGAGAAAGCAACACCUCCACGCCCACUGAUGCAGCUCUGCAGACUGAAAAUCCGCAAACUGCUUGGGAUCAACAGACUGAAGAAAAUAAACAAGCUGCCAGUUCCUCCAAGGCUGAUCAAAUUCCUAAAUCAUCAAGAACGAGAACAGGCCUACUUUUCAGUUUGACUGUCAAUACAGAGAGAAUAAAGUUAGAAAAUUAAAUGCUUCUGUUUGCUGAACUUGCUCUAAGCCAGAGGUUUUCAAUUGGAGAGGCGUGGGGAGAAAAACCCAUAAAGGUUCACAUCUGUCCUGCUAGCUUGUUAUGUUAUGCAUAUGCGUGUUGCAAAAUGGAUUGCUUUGUAGUGUCUACAAUACACUUUUACAAUUACAGAAAUCUGAAAGAAUUCAAACACAAAAGAGAGUAAUCCAGACUUUUAGCUCUAUUAAUACUAAGGUGACUGAAACAUCAUAUCGCAUUGCUUUACAUACAGGACUGAGUUUCCCCACCUCUCUCGAAAGGCUAUGAAAGUCCUCACCCCCUUCACCUCCACUUACUUAUGUGAGUGCAGGUUUUCCGCUUUGACCCUGCUUAAAAGCAAAUACCGAUCAAGGCUGCAGGUGGAGGAUGAUUUAUGUUAAUUCUAGGGCUGUCAAUUGAUUCAAAUUUUUAAUCGAAUUAAUUACAUGGUGUCCCGAUUAAUUAAUCACGAUUAAUCGCAUAUACAAAUAUUUGCUGAGAAAGCCCAUCAUAUAAUAUUAAUUCAAUAUAUAAUGAUUAUACAUAUUUAUAUCAAUAUAUAA